GGGGUCAAGGCGCGGGGCAGAGCUGCUGGGGUCGGGGCGUCAUGCGGAGGGGUGAGCGCAAGGGCGCCGAGGGGCCGCGGCCGGGGUCCCCUGUGCCCGUGGGCAAGGCCUCGCUGGAGGAGCCGCUGGACGGCGCGGCCGCGGGCCGAGCGAGCGGGCCGGCCGCUGGCCGCCGCAGCACCGAGUCAGAGGUCUACGACGACGGCACCAACACCUUCUUCUGGCGGGCCCACACCCUGAGCGUGCUCUUCAUCCUCACCUGCGUGCUGGGCUACGUGACGCUGCUGGAAGAGACACCGCGGGACACGGCCUACAACACCAAGAGAGGUAUUGUGGCCAGUAUUUUGGUUUUCUUAUGUUUUGGAGUCACACAAGCUAAAGACGGGCCAUUUUCCAGACCUCAUCCAGCCUACUGGAGGUUUUGGCUCUGCGUCAGUGUGGUCUACGAGCUGGUUCUCAUCUUUAUACUCUUCCAGACCGUCCAGGACGGCCGCCAGUUUCUGAAGUACGUCGACCCCAGGUUGGGGGUCCCGCUGCCGGAGAGGGACUACGGGGGAAACUGCCUCAUCUAUGAUGCAGACAACAAGACCGACCCCUUCCACAACGUCUGGGACAAGCUGGACGGCUUCGUGCCCGCACACUUCAUCGGCUGGUACCUGAAGACCCUGAUGAUCCGUGACUGGUGGAUGUGCACAAUCGUGAGUGUGAUGUUUGAGUUCCUGGAAUACAGCCUGGAGCAUCAGCUGCCCAACUUCAGCGAGUGCUGGUGGGACCACUGGAUCAUGGACGUGCUCGUCUGCAACGGGCUGGGCAUCUACUGCGGCAUGAAGACCCUCGAGUGGCUGUCCCUGAAGACGUACAAGUGGCAGGGCCUCUGGAACAUUCCGACCUACAAGGGCAAGAUGCAGAGGAUCGUCUUCCAGUUCACGCCCUACAGCUGGGUCCGCUUCGAGUGGAAGCCGGCCUCCAGCCUGCGCCGCUGGCUGGCCGUGUGCGGCAUCAUCCUGGUGUUUCUGUUGGCAGAGCUGAACACCUUCUACCUGAAGUUCGUGCUAUGGCUGCCCCCCGAGCACUACCUGGUCCUCCUGCGGCUGGUCUUCUUCGUCAAUGUGGGCGGCGUGGCCAUGCGGGAGAUCUACGACUUCAUGGACGACCCGAAGCUCCACAAGAAGCUGGGCCAGCAGGCCUGGCUGGUGGCGGCCAUCACCGUCACGGAGCUGCUCAUCGUGGUGAAGUACGACCCGCACACGCUCACGCUGUCCCUGCCCUUCUACAUCGCCCAGUGCUGGACGCUCGGCUCCGUGCUCGCCCUCACCUGGACCGUCUGGCGCUUCUUCCUGCGGGACAUCACCCUGAGGUACAAGGAGACGCGGCGGCAGAAGCAGCAGGGCAGGGACGACCAGGGCAGGGCGGACGGCAGCGUGGACGGGCGCCCACCAGGGCCCGACGACCCCGCGGGGCCCGAGGAGGCCGAGAGGGAGGGAGUGCCAGCACCGCACUGACGCUGCGGCUGGGCCUGCAGAGCCCAGGCCUGGCGCCCUCCACCCUCUGGGAUUCCCGCCAGGAGCCUUCCAGCGGGCCUCAGCCCUCAAGGUUCUAUCUCCCUCUUCUCCAGCGUGCACAGUGGGGUGGGGCGCGUGUGUGUGUGGCGUGUGCACACAUAUGGGUGCGUGUGUGUGUGCGCGUGUGCUCCUGAGGCUCUGGGGCUCGCCCUGGGCUGGCUGGUGCCCCUUCUGCGCGGUCAGCCCGCCGCCUCGGCCACCCCGAGCCUUGGUGCCCACAUGGCCCGGCCCAGGCAGCAGCGUCUCAGUGCCCCUGUCCGCUCCCUGGGCCCCGCCGGUCCCCCACGACCUUCUGGCGGCACGUGUGAAGGACAGGCGUCCAGGGACGCCCUGACGUGGCUGGAAAGGGCAGAUCCGCUUCCUCGGGAGCCUCUAUCUGACCCUCCAACCUGGAGGGUGCGUGGACGGGGCUGCCCGCACAUCGAGUCGGAGAUUCCAAGGCCUGGUGCCCGCUGUCAGGAGGGCGGGUCGUGAGGGAGGGUCUCUGUGGCCCAGGGUUGAGGUCACCCCCACGAGCAAACAGAACAAAUAAAAGCCACGGUGAAGG